AUGUCAACCCAAGUUGCCGAAACCCCAGUUAUUUAUGCUCAAGUUACUGAAAUUCUCGGUCGUACUGGUUCACGAGGAGGUGUAUUACAAGUUAGAUGUGAUAUUAUAGGAGAAAAUAGACAAAUUUUAAGAAAUGUUAAAGGACCAAUUAGAGUUGGAGAUAUUCUUACCCUUCUUGAAGCUGAAAGAGAAGCUAGAAGACUUAGAUAA